GGAAGGGGAGGCGAUGCUGCUGCCGCUGCCGCUGCUGCGCGGGCACCCCGGGAGCGGCCAGCGGAGCGAACCGAGCCGGGAGCGAAGCGGGAGCGAAGCGGGAGCUCUGCCCCUUCCAUGCUGCGCAGGGAGGCGGGUGCAGGAGGCGAGGCGAGGGAAGGGUUACCCGGCACGGCUGCCUGGCAAGCAGGAAUAGCUGGGCAGGAUGAGCAGAAGGAGCUCUGGCAGAUGAGCGGCGAGCCGGGGAUGUGAGCGCGGGGCUGGCCGGAGCCGCAGCGCGGACCCCGAUGGUCGCCGGCCCCCCGAGCCCCCCGGCUCGCCCGCAGCCCCUCGCCUCUGCCCGGCUCCCAUGACCAUCGGCAGCAGCAUGAGCAGCGGCUACUGCAGCUUGGAUGAAGACCUCGAGGAUUGCUUUUUCACGGCCAAAACCUCCUUCUUCCGCAGCGCGCACAGCAAGGUCCCUGCCAAGAAUGUGUCACAAACUGUGGAAGAAGAAAAACCUGAGCCUCCAACCAUCCAGGAGAUCAAACAGAAGAUUGAAAAGUACAAUGCAAAGGUCACCAACUGCCUGCUGAUGAAACUGAACGAUGAUGGGACCUACACGGGGUUCAUCAAGGUGCACCUGAAGCUGCGGCGCCCGGUGACGGUGCCGGCCGGGAUCCGGCCCCAGUCCAUCUACGAUGCCCUCAAGGAGGUGAACCUGGCUGAGAUGACAGACAAGAGGACCUCCUUCUACCUGCCCCUGGAUGCCAUCAAGCAGCUGCACAUCAGCAGCACCACCACGGUGAGCGAGGUGAUCCAGGGGCUGCUGAAGAAGUUCAUGGUGGUGGAUAACCCCCAGAAGUUUGCACUUUUCAAGGAGAUGAGGAAAGAUGGGCAAGUGCUCUUCCAGAAGCUUCCUCUGACCGAGUACCCCCUGUACCUGCGGCUGCUGGCGGGCCCUGACACCGAUGUGCUGAGCUUUGUGCUGAAGGAAAACGAAACGGGGGAAGUUGAGUGGGACGCCUUCUCCAUCCCAGAGCUGCAGAACUUCCUGAUGAUCCUGGACAAAGAGGAGAAGGACAAAAUCCAGCAAGUGCACAAGAAGUACGAGAGGUUCAAACAGAGACUGCAACAGACCCUGAAAGAGGCCAGAGGCAAGCCUGGAUAACCUUCAGGAGGCACUGGGCAUCAGACUAAGCUAGAGACUGUUUUUAAUGAAAAGACUUCUCAGGACACCUUAGUAAUCAUUCUCCCUCUUCAACCUUCCAUAAAGACUGGCUCCCAGCACCCCUAAAAUGAUCCUAUUGCAUUUUCUUCUUCUGAAACCUCUUCUCCCAGGACCAAAGCCAGUCCAAGAACGGGAAGCCUGUUUAUAAAACAGCUUCAACAAAGCAAACACAGCUGCUGCUUGGCUUUCCAGCCGUGCCAUCCCCUGGAGAGGCUGCCUGGAGAAUUCUCGGUGUGACACCCAACAGGACCCCUCUGCUGGCUGAAGUUUGGAGCAGGGCAGCUCUUGCUCUUCCUGCUCCUCCCAGCAAGCUGCUUGUUCCUGUUUGGAGGUGCUGUGGCCCACAGUGCCCUCGUGGCCCAGUUCUGGUUUCGUAAGGAGAGCACAGGAAGCAGCAGGAGAAGGGGAGGAGGUUGUUGCACCAAACCACGUGGGUGUUGCAGCUCUAGCCAAGCCCUGGGCUUGUUCAGGGCUAAGGCAGCCAGGGAAAUGCCAGGUUAGGACACCAAGGCAGCUGCAACACCCCAACAGUCUGUUAGUAAAUGUUAUUGCAACUUGGUAAUAAUAAUUCCCAGGAAAAUCA